AUGGAGAGAGGACUUUCAGUCAACAAAGCGUUGAGAAUAAGAAAAGUAACAACAUCGCUUCAGAUACCUGAAAUGAAAUCAUUUUAUAUGUUGUUUAUACCGAUGGCAUUUUUGGGUUUGGGUGAAAGUAUGAUUGAGGCGACAAUGUUGCCUGAAAUAGGUAGUAUUGUUGAUAAACGAUAUUCAUCAGUCAUUUAUGCCAAUGCAUAUGCUAUUGGUAGUAGUGGGCUUUGUCUGGGUUUGACCGCGGGUAAAUGUCGACGAAUCAUACCUGCUUAA